AAAAAAUUAACAAUGAAUUGAAGAGCAAUGACGAGGACCUGAGUACUUCAACUGCUUCGUAUAUAAGGAAUGGAGUGCAUUUUGUAUGGGAUUGUUAGCUCUAAAUAUGGGCCGGCAUCAAGUGGCACUGUGUGUUACCUUGGCGCUUUUCUUGCAGAUUUUCGAGCUUCAUGCGAGCGAAUGUAAUAAAAGAACAACUUUUAUACAAAUAAGAAUACCACAGAAAACAAAUGUAGCCGUAAAGUAUCCAAAAGAAAUAGAUCCUGUACAAUUCGUACCAUUCCCUUAUAAUCCUUCGGGAUCUGGAUGUAUGAAAUGUCAGGGAACGACGUGCACGAAAUGUGUUUACACCAAAAGCUCUCAAACAACUACAAAUGUUCAUGCACGAAAAACAAACAUCAUCAUUGAUAUAAAGGGAACAAAGAGAUUCAAUGAAAGUAUUGCUGAAGCAGACAGUUCGAAUGUUGAUAGUUCGUCUGCUAAAGUAGAUGGAACAAUUGUUGGGAUAUAUGACAAAACAUCGGCUGCUAGCGUGAGUGGUGCUACAGCAAAGUCAAGUGAUAAUGGUAAUUCAUCAGCUGCAGUUGCCUCCGGUACCGCACUAUCACAAAGCGAUAUUCUAGCUGCUAUUGAUGAGGAAGAGAUCAAUAAAAUUGAUGGAAGUAAAUCUCAUGUGGAAGAUGUAUACGUUUUAAGCGAAGACAUUUCUACAGCUAAUGCGAAUAGCACAUCGGCGAGUGAAGGUGAGGUUAAAAACGAAAAUGACACCUCAUCAGCGCUUUCAAAAACAGAUGAAACUCAAUCGUCUACAACAAUUAUUGAAAAGGAUUCAGGCAAUACGGUAACAGUUCCUGCGGACACUGCAAGCGGUGUGACGACCAACGAUUCGAGUCAACCAAGCUCUGGCAAUGAUAGUGCACCACCGGUACCUGAUACAAGCGCUAUUCCUGAAAGCGAUGCCUCAGCCGUUGAUAAAAAACCAGAUAAUACUGGCACAUAAAACACAAACACACAAGUCUCUAAAACUUUCUAAACAGCUCUAUGGAAAUGUUUGUAAAUAAGAAGAUAACCAACAAAACCACGUAGGUAUAUUUCAUAGCCUUGUAACUUAACGAACAAAC